AUGGAAGAGUUAAUCGUGGAACUGCGGGUCUUCCUGGAGCUCCUGGACCACGAGCCGCUGGCGCCAACGGUCAGGGAGAAGAAGGCCGAGAUCGCCAACAUCCUGCUGCGGGUCCAGGCCCCCAAAGGGUUUGACGGGAAAGAUCAUGCUGCGAAGCAGGAGACCACCGGCAGCAGCCUCCCGGCCCCUCCUCAGCUGCCUCUGCCCGAGAUCCCUCAGCCCUGGCUGCCUCCGGACAGCGGGCCACCACCUCUGCCCACCUCCUCUCUCCCGGAAGGCUACUACGAGGAAGCGGUGCCACUGAGUCCCGGGAAAGCUCCGGAGUACAUCACCUCAAAUUACGACUCGGAUGCGAUGAGCAGCUCCUACGAGUCCUACGACGAGGAGGAGGAGGACGGCAAGGGGAGGAACGCGCGCCACCAGUGGCCCUCGGAGGAGGCCUCCAUGGACCUGGUGAAGGACGCCAGGAUCUGCGCCUUCCUGCUGCGGAAGAAGCGCUUCGGGCAGUGGGCCAAGCUGCUGUGUGUCAUCAAAGACACCAAGCUGCUGUGCUACAAAAGCUCCAAGGACCAGCAGCCGCAGAUGGAAGUGCCCCUCCAGGGCUGCUGCAUCACCUACGUCCCGAAGGACGGCAAGAAGAAGAAGCACGAGCUGCGCAUCACCCAGCCGGGGACGGACCCCCUGGUCCUCGCGGUGCAGAGCCGGGAGCAGGCGGGCCAGUGGCUGAAGGUGAUAAAGGAGGUGUACAGCGGCUGCAGUGGGCCUGUGGACUCCUCCGAAUGCCCGCCCCCACCAAGUUCCCCCGUGCACAAGGCAGAGCUUGAGAAGAAGCUGUCUUCAGAGAGGCCGAGCUCCGAUGGGGAGGGUGUUGCAGAAAAUGGCACCUCUGUGUGCAACGGAAAAGAGCAAGUUAAGAGGAAAAAGAGUUCAAAAGUGGAGGCCAGGGGCACAGUGUCCAAGGUCACGGGGAAGAAGAUCACCAAGAUCAUCGGGCUGGGACGCAAGAAACCUUCUACCGGGGAGCAGACCUCGUCGGCCGAGGAGGAUGUCCCCACCUGCGGCUACCUGAACGUGCUCUCCAACAGCCGUUGGCGGGAACGCUGGUGCCGGGUGAGGGACAACAAGCUUAUCCUGCACAAGGACCGGUCGGACCUGAAGGCCCACAUCGCCUCCAUCCCUCUCCGCGGCUGCGAGGUGAUCCCGGGGCUGGGCCCCAAGCACCCCCUCACCUUCCGGCUGCUGCGCAAUGGGCAGGAGGUGGCUGUGUUGGAGGCCUCAACCUCUGAAGACAUGGGCAGGUGGGUUGGCAUCCUGCUGGCGGAGACGGGCUCGUCCACCGACCCGGAGGCCCUGCACUACGACUACAUAGACGUGGAGGUGUCGGCCAACGUCAUCCAGACGGCCAAGCAGACCUUCUGUUUCAUGAGCAGACGGGGGAUCUCCGUCAACCCCUACCUCGGCAGUGUCGCCAACGGCUACGCGCACCCCAGCGGGACCACCCUGCACUAUGAUGAUGUCCCAUGCACCAAUGGCUCGUGGGACCCUGAGGACAGCCUUCCUGCUGCCCGUAGCAGAAGCUCGGGAGAAGAGACGCUUUACGAUAACUUGGGCCUGUACGAUAACUUGCCGUCUCCGAAAAUCUUUGCACGCUGCCCGCCCGUUGAGAGGAGGGCCUCUCGGGCGUCUGCUGACAAACUGUCUUCUAACCAUUACAAAUGUCCUGCCUCGCCCAGUCUGUCCAACCCCCAGUCUCUCACUAACACCUCUUCUCUGGGGAGGGCGCCUCUCGGGCCCAGCUCCCAGCUCAAGGGUAAAAAACCCCCAGUGGCAUCGAACGGGAUCCCAGGGAAGGGGAAGGCCCUGAGCGGCCAGCAGAAGAGGGCCGACUCGGCGGCUGGAGUGAAGCGGACGUCUUCCAACGCUGACCAGUACAAAUACGGCAAGAACCGGGUGGAGGCGGACGCCAAGCGUCUGCAGACCAAAGAGGAGGAGCUGCUGAAGAGGAAGGAGGCCCUCCGCAACAGGCUGGCCCAGCUCCGCAAGGAGAGGAAGGACCUGCGGGCCGCCAUCGACGCCAACGCAGGCGGGAAGACGCAGGCUGCCCUGGAGGACAAGCUGAAGAAGCUGGAGGAGGACUGUAAGCAGAAGGAGGCCGAGCGCGUCAACCUGGAGCUAGAGCUGACCGAGCUCAGGGGGAACCUGAGGAAGGCGCUGGCUGGAGGCGUCACCCUGGGGCUGGCCAUCGAGCCCAAGUCGGGGACCUCCAGUCCACAGUCUCCCGUGCUCCGGCACCGGACGCUGGAGAACUCGCCCAUCUCCAGCUGUGACACGAGUGACACCGAGGGUUCCGUGCCGGUGAACAGCGCCGCAGCGCUGAGGACACGCCAGCCCACCAGCAGCAACCCUCCCUGCAGAGGACACGUGCUACGCAAGGCCAAGGAGUGGGAGCUGAAGAACGGAACCUAG